CUGCUUGGUAAUCAGUGUCCAAGAUUUCAUGCUUACUUAAAUAAUACUUACUUUUUUCUGCCCACUUAUACUCAACUUACUGCAAAUUAAGCAUAACCGAUUUAUUUAAAUAUGCUAGCUAAAGGAAUACCCUAUACGUAUAAAUACAGAACACAUGGUAGCACUCCCUCUUUCAACCACCAGCACAAUGAAAAUACCCGUUCUCUUAACUUUGUUUGCCCUCGCUAACAGCUAUCCGGUGACAAAGUCAGAAGAUUUCUACCUUGCAGCCUACCAGCCAAAUAACUUGCUACAAGCAAGCUUGGAAAUCGUCAAAGAGAGCCCUCACAACAUUGUGGUUGACCCCAGUAUCGAAGAUAGAAUCGAAGGAUUUGUUGGCCCGGACUUGAAGGUCAAUCUCACCAACAGCCAACAACUUACAGUCAACAAUGAAGGCAGAUUGGUUUACUCCAACACCUCCAACACAAGCUUCAGGGCAUACCGAGACCGUCUCCAGUACUUUCAAGGAACCCAGUGGAGUGGCGACUGGGUUAUUUGCUAUCCCAAUAACUCACUGGAGAUUGGUUAUGUUUACGAUAAUCUUGAUGAAAACAGGGUAUGUUUACGUACAAAACCAGUUAUUUUGAGACCGUAUUCUCUGAAUGGCCACGGCAUGAUCCCAAGCUAUCCGCUUCCUCUUUCCUUGGUCUAAUAAGUGGGAUCCAUGCCUCUUUUCUAUAUAAUUUUGCAGUAAUAAAUCAAUCCAGGAGGAAAAAUCC